AUGUGUCCGACACUGAGGUACCUCCCAAGUGAAAAGUACUUGAUCGAAAAAGGAUGCUUAAGAAGUACUUCUGCAGACUUAAUUGGAUGUGCCUACAGACGUAGCAUGAGGCACGUGUACUGCAUCUGUGCCAGUGACGACUUCUGCAAUGAAAGCGCAUCAGCCGGCAACGGCUCGAAACGUGAGCAGAAGCUAUCGGUGCAGUGCCGAGAAUGCUACACGUGGAAGAGCUGCCUCGGAAUCUGCCAUGCUGAUUACUGCUGGGCAGAGGCUAUUACGGGGGCAGAACAAUGCGGCUACGGUGUGCCUUUUCUACCGUACCACUAUCAAACCCCUUCGUUGCUUUCUUUGGAGUCGAACCACAACGCCUGCGUAAGAAUCGAGUUUAGUGGCCAGCUGCAGGUAAAACGAUUUUUCGAAUGCAUUUGCUCAGGCCAUAAUUGCAACGGAUUUUCAAAAUCAGUUUCGAAGUUUCAGCCGCUGUCCAGCGAUCGACCGUUGGUCACAUGUUACAGCUGCUCCCACAGUUCCACAGUGCCUUUCCGCCGGACGGUGUGCCGACAGAAUACGUGUCGAGGUCAGUUCUGCUUUUUAAGCAUAGAGAACGCCAAUGUUCCAAGCGGAUUGCACGCACAAACGUCCGGCUGUUUGAAUUCGACUAUUCCGAGUCACGUUGUACUCGGAUGCCGCCACAAUUGGAUCCUGGACCAGAGGGAACGAGUAGAAUGCGUGUGUACUAAGGACUUGUGCAACUCUGAACCUAGCACUCUUAUCAUGCUCGCGUGUGGAAUACUCACUCACCAUGAAUGA